CUCAGAGCAAAGUGCGCUCAUCUUAAAGGCUCUUAUUGAUUCCCAGGCUCUGAGACUGGUGCACAAUCAGCCAGAUAAAAGACUCCAGUUCAGUUCAGUUUCAUUUAUUUAGAGCUUUUUACAACAGAUGCUGUUACAAAGUCAGCUUUGAAGAAAAUCAGGGUCCAGUAAUGGCUUGGACUCCUGAUCCCAGCUCACCUGGUCACCAUGGCAACCCUUAGACAAACCACAAGAGCCUGGAAACCUUGGCAGCAGCGCUAAACCCAGAGGCAAGAGCUAGGAGAUCCCUCAAGGUCACCUCCAACAUGAGAGAAAACAGAACGCAACGCAAACGGAUCUUCUCCCUUUGUGGCAUCGUCUUCAUUUUGUACCUGGCUUCUGGUUCUGAGGGACAGUCUCAGAAAUGCGAAUGUCCAGCAGCCAUGGUUCUGCAACAGCUUCCUACAAAUCUCCCCAACGACACCUGCUGUCUGAACUUCUCUGGAUCUUCACUUAACAAUCUGUCUUGGACGGCUUUCAGCUCCUUGGCCAAGCUUGAGAUUUUGGACCUGUCCUUUUGUAAUCUCACCCAUGUUUAUGAAACUGCUGUUGGUUUUAAGCUCUCCACACUGCGAGAGCUGUACCUGAGUCAGAACCAACUCAAAUCAGUGCCUGGCACAUUUCUAGCUAAAGCGUACAAUUUGGAAGUGCUGGAUUUGAGGGACAAUCUCAUGGAACAUCUGCCUGCGGAUUUCUUGCAAAGCUCAAACGGUCUCCGUGUUCUGCUUCUGGAUGGCAACCAUCUGCAGUUUCUUCCCAGCACUGUCCUCAAACCCUCACUCCAGCAGAUGGAUUUGGAGGGAAACCCCUGGAACUGCACUUGCUCUUUGGUGGAGGAGCUCCAGAAGGUUCGGAACGGCAACUCCACCAGCCUGGAGGACAUUGUGGGCAAUUUGACCUGUGCUUCUCCACCAAGACUGGCAGGCAAGACUCUGUGGUCAGUGCAGGCCAAAGACAUCUGUCCACCAGCGCGCGCUAGCCUUAGCGCCCUUUUUAUACUCCUGCCGCUUUUCCUCCUCCUGGUCCUGUUGCUCUGCUGGUGCUGCGGCAAAACAGGGAAGAAGAAAGAGGCCCAAACAUCCAGGUCCUGCAAGAAGGACGCUCAUUUGAACAGGAACGGACGCUGGGCUCAGGAAAAGCCGGCAUUCAGAGAGAAAGCAGGAGCUGGAGAAAGCACUAAAGAUGCUAUGCUAAAGAACCAGCUAAUGUUACGGCCUUCUUCUGCUCUGCUGGGCAGCACGAGGGACAUCUACGAGGAAGUGGAGGUCAAACUGGGGUCUGUGGACUCUUUGGGGCCUCCACCAUCAGCCUCGUCCGCAGAGGGCAUUGUCAGUAAAGUGGAGAACGAGGAAAAGGAAGAGGAAGGUAACAAGCAAGACCUGGAGACAGUCAGUGUGACUGAAGUGAUGAAAGACUCAGCUGACCGCGAGAAAGCCUACAUGGCUCAGUCCACCAAAUAUUACAGUCUGGUUCCUGGGCUAGAACUCGAGGAUUCGGAUCACGGAGAGUACGAGAGCGUGGAUCUUUCCUGACCCUCCUACAUUUGCAUUACAGGACUUGCUCAGUACCAUUUGUCAGAUAAAGCAGCUGCUGACCACACUGAAUGAUGACCACACUGGAUGAUGACCAAAGUAUGCCCCCAAAAGAAAGCAUGAAUCCCGAAGGUCUUGGAAUACUUUCAAGCCAAAUCUACACACUUGCAAAAGAUGCUUCUUCAAGGGUUUUUUAGUCAAAAACAUGGUUCUGUUAAGGAACCAUGGACAUUCAAAAGAGAACCCUUUGCACGAUUAAAGGGUUCUUUGCAUCAUUAAAGGUCCGAUUCAUGUAGAAUAUGCUGUAGAUGGUUCUAUAUAGCACGGGUUCUUCUAUUGUUACAAUGUCAAGCCUAUAACAAUAAAAGAAACCUUUUUGGUUCUAUGCAAAAUUUAAGAGCAGUGUAAUCUCCAAAUGACCUGACUGCAUGUCUUUGGACUGUAGGAAGAACCCCACACAGACACAGAGAGGACGCUAGUUGCCCGACUGGGGAAUCGAACCCAGGCCCUUCUUGCUGUGCGGCAAACCCACUGUGCCACUGUGCCGCCUUAUAAAGUCAUUUGUGAAUAAUAUUUUGGCAAGGAAUGACUGGCCCUCAGGUGUCUUGAUAUGGUCCAUUCAGGCCCCCUAUGAAAAAAGUCUGGACGCCUCUGACGUAGACCGUACUAUAAAAAAAUUGCAGCUCUUGCAAUUUGAAAAUUGUGACUCAGUUUACAUUUUAACCGUUUAAUCAAGCAGAUAUUUAGAAACAUUGGUGGAAUUCCCCUCUAAGACCUUUUCAUCCCUGUACUGUGGAACACUUGAGAUCCGUGACACGUCUGCUCCUGUUGGAGAGUUGAGUUCAGAGGAGCGAGUGGGAGGUUCCAGCACGGCUGCUGUUUAAACGUCUGUGUUACUCACUGCUGUUAAACCUUUGUGUUACUGCUGUAAUGGAAAUGUGUCAUCGGGAGUCAUCGGUGGGCGGGGCAGAGUUCUGUUGCCAAGAUAAGCUAAGCACAGUAAUGGGAGUUGGUUUUUGUGCUGUUGUUUAACCUGUUUGCCUUUCUGUUUUACAUUUAAAGCCACUGCUUCCCUUAUUCUGUUCCCUAUUUGAUUACAGCUUCUCAGCUUUCCUGCGGAUCACUGCGCCACACCAGCACAUGCUUCGCUCCUCUACCGCACCCGAGUCACCUCGUCAGAUAAUUAUCAGGCCAUACAUGAGCAAAUUCAGGUGUGGUAAGAUAAGGAAGAAAUGGACAGUUCAUUUCCUGUAGGCCUGGGCAUGAGAUGAACUGGGUUAAAGGGGAACUCCACCUUUUUUCAAAGUCCCUGCAUAAUUGAGUGUGGGGGAUGUAAACAGAGAGAUUCAGAGUGGGUUUGGUGUGAAAUGGUUCAGACGUCUUUACAGUGGUGGUGAUAGGAACCAGGGGUCGCCAUGACUACAACACAGAUAUAGACGUUUUAUUUACCAUCCAGAACCACCAGAGAACCUACAUGAGUCUUCUGAGUUUAUAUGGAAUGUUGACGAUGGAAAAUAGUGGAUAAUCUGAAAGUCAUAACCGUUUCCUGUAGGAACUUUCUGUGAGGGAGCUUUUAGAGGUGGACGUCUGGUUCCUAUCACCACCACCGUGAACAGUUCUGACCUGGUAAAUGACUGGUUACAUCUUAACCCUUUAAUUAUGCAGGAAUAACAAAGACAUUGAGGGAAUUCCCCUUUAAGUAAUAGUUAUUGAUAACACUAGGGGUCUAAAUCUCUGAUUGGAUUUGAUUGUGGUUCUUUAUGAAAUGAUUCAGGGCAUUAUAAAUGCAAUUCAACAAGAUACAUUUUUUAUUAUGUUUAUUUUUAGAAAUACACUUUUUAAAAGGGUUCGUUAAAGAACCAUUUCCUGGUUUUCCGUCAUAGGGAAGAACCAUUUAGCCAAUCAGUGAACUAUUAAUGCAUUUACAUGGUUCUUUGAGUGUUCGUGGUUCUAUGUAGAAUCAUUGCCUUUACUAAAGAACCCCUAAAGAACCACUUUUUAAAGCGUGGAUAAUGAGGGCUUUGUCACUGUUGUAAUAAUAUACUUUCUGAAAUAUGUGUCUAAUAGGCUGUACAGUUUGGACAUGCAGAAAAUAUUAAAUAUAAAAAGAUAUUUAUUUUGCUUUUAUGUAAAUUCAGAGAGACCAAGAUUAGAUUUCCUACACGUUUAUCCAUGAGCUCUCCAUCGAAAGUAGGACUGUUUUAUGCCAUUUGGUCAGCGUCACUGUAAAGAUAAUGUGUAUUUAAUAAAUGACUGAAGUACUUUUUCAAAGUAUUUCUUUUUUUGGUCAUUUUAUUUUAUUGGAAAAGUCUUUUAAAAAUAAA